AGAAUAAUAAGUAUAAUUUGUGAAGGAGAAGGAUCGAGGUGGCAGCGGGUGAAGCUCUUAAGUGUCCACAUUUUUGAAGAGGCAGAGCCGUUUGGGGCUGUCUGCCCACAGUGGGAACAUGGGCGCGUCUUCGUAAUCCUUGCAGCCAUAGCGUUCGUUGAAGCCUUUGCGGGGUAGCUUAGGGGCGCCAAGGCAAUGGCAACGCAGCAGUAGCCAUGGAUGGCGAGAGUGGCUGUCUGUGAUGAGGGAGGAAGUGGUGCGCGGUGUUUGGCGAGGACAUUUACCCUAGACAUCUACUUCAUUCCGCGUUGUUAAUGGGUAGAAGAUCUACGGCAGUUGUAGCCACCAUCUUGACUUUCACAAUGCCGGGAAAGGAAUCGUUCCUUUCGGGGGGCACAUUUUGCGAUGUGUUCUGCAACACGAUGAGUACCGAGUUUAGCCCUGAAGAUUAUGAAGAACCGCUGAGGUCGCUGUCCAAUCUUCGUAUCUCUGGAGACCGGGGAUGUCUGAAGUGCCAAAUACUAUACCGAGCCUGUGUGCAGCUGCAUCCAGCACUAGAAGAGGACGCAUCCUUCGUCCUUGUUCGCCUCGAAGAGCACCAUACAGUAGUCCGUGUUGUGCUUGGCGAUGCCGAAGAGGACCGUCGGAUCGUAGGGAACCAAGAAGUACAUCUCCAUUACCUGUACAAGACGUCGCCUCCGGACUGGAUCAUCUUGUAUCCUUAUAGAAAGCCUUCUGCGGCUCGGAGGACUGGAUUCAAACCGGUGCUCUCAGAAUGGCUAAACGAUUGUGACAAGAAUCAUUCUGCUUGCAAGAGAGGAAAUAAAACCUUACCUACCCGCGUCGUCAACGUAGGUGAAAAGAGUGCAGAAGGAUAUGAUCCAUUUCUCCACAUUUCUAGUGGUGAAGUAGGCCAGUAUGCUGCUCUGAGCCACUGCUGGGGCAAAACGACCUUUUUGAAGACUACAAAGAGCAACGUCACGCAGCAUCAGAGCCGUAUUCCAUUCACAGCCCUGCCAAUCAACUUCCAGCACGCCGUAAUUGUCUGCAGAGCUAUUGGCAUCCAGUACAUAUGGAUCGACUCGUUGUGUAUCAUCCAAGAUGAUGGGCCUGACUGGGAAAUCGAGGCUUCGAGGAUGGCAUCGAUAUAUCAAAACGCUUCCGUCGUUCUAUUUGCUAGCAAUGCUGCUGAUUCUCAGGGUGGACUAUGGAGCAAGAAGUGGGACAAGGAUGCAGCGCAUGCCGAUGGCAUUGAAGAGUUCGAAUACAUCAACCACGAUGGAACCAGAUCUCAAAUAAUCGCUAGGAAAUCACCAUCCCACGAUACUCUGAUUCCUGGACCCUAUCUGGAAUAUGAGGCUCCUUCUCCACUCUCUACACGCGCUUGGGCAUUCCAGGAACAGCUGCUUCCGGAACGGAGCAUUUUUUUUACCGGAAAGGAGUUGCUCUGGAAAUGCCAAAGUGGUCAGAAAUGCGAGUGUAUGCAGGAGGAUUACGAGUACGACACAAUUAACGACCUGGACAAGGAUUUCUGGGAGAGAGCGCAUUCUGAGGACGCCAUAGAGCGAUUCGGUGGUUGGCGUAGCCUUCUUGCAAUCUAUUCCCGGAAAGAAAUAACAUAUGACUCUGACCGGUUGCCUGCAAUAUCCGGAUUGGCGAAAUAUAUGCAGUCACGAGGUGCAGGCACAUAUCUUGCUGGAGUUUGGAAAGAAGACCUACUUGAAUCUCUUAUUUGGCUCCCAAGACCAGUUUGGCCCGACGUCAGUGAAGACAACAUGGUCAGCACAUAUCGGAAACGCACGUCGACAUAUCGCGCUCCUACAUGGUCAUGGAUUUCCCUAGAAACUCAUCAAGAUGGACAAGCCAAGCCGAAGUGUCCUGGCAUUCAAGACUGGGUUGAGAACCAUUGGAGACUCGAUGUACAGCAUGCUAAACUGAUAGAAGCAACCUGUGAGCCCAUUGGAGUAGACCCUACUGGAGCUAUAAAAUCAGCUUAUAUCACCUUGAAGACAAGAUGCGUGGAGAGCUUGGUCACGUGGGAAAAUCGCCGCGCCCCUAUCGUAUGCGGUACAGUUAAAAUCCAUGGUGUAUAUUGGGAUAUUGACCUUGACGUCGGUCGAAAGCUGAAGAUACUAUGUGCGUUAAUUGGGGAGGGAGAUGGAUUUGCGUACCUAGCAAUAGUCUUGCAACCAUCAAAGACUGCAAAAGGAGCUUUUGAAAGAGUCGGGUUAGUGCAAACUGUCAAAGGGCUGGCCGAACAAGCUGAAGUGGACCUUUUUGAUGAUGUACCGGAGAUUACGGUGAAAAUAGUCUGA